AUGACGAGAAAGGAAGGUUUUUGAAAAUAUAAGAGAAACUAUGACUGACCACUUGCUUGGAGUUGAUAAGAUAAGAGACAUGAAUGUUGAGUUCAGAUUGGAAAGUAAAAGCGGUUUUCAAAUUGACAUUAAAAGAAAAAAUUGUUGCAAAGAAAUGAGGAAGAAACUUUUGGAAACUGCGCAAAAAGAAAAUUUGAGAGAACUUUGGGACGGUUUUGAACUCCGGAAGUUUUUUUUUGAAUGGGCUGAGCUACAAAACUUUUUCAAAAGUUCGAAAUCAGUUAGUUGAAUAACUGAAAAAAUUGCUUCUCUGAUGAUUUUUCGAAAAUUUUCAAAAUUAACUUUUUUUUUCAUAGCAGACUCGCUUUGAGAAAAAAAAAAUGGCUAAAGCGACCUCUAAAUUUUUCGCUUUUCUCACAUUACUUUUCUGAUAUCCUUCAGAUUCAACAGGUCUUCACAUUAGUUGAACAUUUCUCUACUAUCUUCAUAAAUUAUAAUAAUCAUAAUUACCCCAAUUAUUUGCAGAUGACUGCGCGGAAUCGCCAUGUGCCUUGAACGCCACCUGCGUCGAUUUGGUCAAAGAUUUCCACUGCGACUGCCCCCAAGGCUUCACUGGAAAACGAUGCCAAGUCAAAGGUUCUCAAAUGCUUCAAAAUUUGCUGAAUAAAGUUCUGUAAUGUAUUUCAGUGGACCUCUGCGCGGAUUCGCCUUGCUCCCACGGUCUUUGCGUCGAUAGCUUGUACUCGCGUCAGUGUGUCUGCGACGCCGGUUGGACUGGCGAGAAUUGCGACGUCAACAUUGAUGAUUGUGCUGAAAGGCCUUGUCAGAAUGGUGGAACCUGUAUCGAUGAGGUUUAUCUUUAAACCUUCGAGUAGUUAUUCUUAUACCGGUGGGCAGACACAAAAUAAUCGUGAAAAGAUUUUGCAUUGCUAUUAUGAAAAGUCUGAAGUCUAACGAUGAUAUAAUGAGUAUGCCUUAUGGUUCUGAGAAAAAUGAGAUAGACUUGAGUUAUGCCUUUAAGCGCCUCCGGUACGGCCCAGAUAGAGCUGAAAGGUAUACUAGAAGUAUCACGAUGGUCAUAUUAUUCUAUUAAUUUCGACAUGCUUGUAAACACAUCAUGGUGUAUUCCCGAUUCGUUUGUGAAAUAAGGCGUGGCUAGCCAAUAAGAGAAAAGGGUGUUGAGAAACUCUGAUAACGUUAAAAGCAGGGAAGCAACGGCAGAAAAAAAUCUGGAAAAAAUUCGGAGAGCGUUGAAAGUUGCCCUGAACUCUGAGGAUAAGGAUUUUUGACAAGAACUUUUUUAGACCUUGAACUACUGCUCGAGAAUUCGAAAUUUCUCAAUACAAAAUUCGUUGCUGAAACCAGAAUUUCCCUCAUUUUUUUUGUUAAGGUCUCCGGAUACAAGUGUCAAUGUGCGGCUGGUUAUGAAGGCGUCAAUUGUCAACACCUCGUCGAUCAUUGCUCCAAUUCGCCGUGCCGAAAUAAUGGUAUCGUUCAACCUGAUUUUCUGUAGCUUGAGGUGCUCGCUUUGACGCGAAAAAGUUUAUCAAUAAAGUAAUCAUUACACUUUAUUUUCAAAAUAGAGGCUGAAUAAAGAUUCUUUUGAAGCUUCUAUAGUUCAUUUUAAAAGCUUUGACGACACAUUUAUCUCAGCCUCCUGCACCAACUUGGGCCCUACCUAUCACUGUGAUUGUCCGCUCGGAUUCGACGGAAUCCACUGUGAGUUGAACAUUGACGAGUGCGGAAGCAAUAAGUGUGAUCUGGCGGGAACAGAGGUAUUUGAAACAGGAAUGAUUGGAUUAUAACAGAACUUUCAGUCGUGCCGGGAUGAAGUUAACACCUUCUCGUGCUACUGUAAGCCUGGCUUUACUGGAAAACUUUGUGACGUGAAAAUUGAUCAGGUUGGUAAAAGAAUAAUUUUAGGUUGAAAUGUUCAUCAUUUGAAGUGCGCUGACGUUCCUUGUGUGAACGACGGUCAGUGUGUCGACAUGGGCGGCACGUUCAAGUGCAACUGCAAGUCAGGAUGGACCGGACUAAGGUGUGAGGAGGAGAGCGGCAGCUGCACCACCAAGCCCUGCCGAAACGACGGCUUCUGCGUCAAUCUCGUUGCCGACUACUUCUGCGUCUGCCCACCGGGUAAUACUUUAUAAAUACCGAUUUCACUAACACAAUAAAAUUUUUGAGGAGUCAGCGGAAAGAACUGCGAGACGGCGCCUAAUCGCUGUGUUGGCGAGCCUUGCCACAACGGCGGCGUUUGUGGCGACUUUGGGUCUCACCUGGAAUGCUCUUGCCCAUCUGGAUUCACUGGAAAAGGUUUAACACCCAUGUGAAGGUUUUCAAAGUUCUCGAUUUCCAGGAUGUGAGUUCAAGACCAACGGCUGUACUGACAGAUCGUGUCGAAACGGCGGAAAAUGCCUGGAAGCCGAUGGAUUUUCUUCUCCAAGGAGGUGCCAGUGUGAACCAGGUGAGAUUAGGGUUUCGGUAUUUUCGAAAAUUUCUCUUUAAAAUUAAAAUAAAAAAGAAGUCAGCCUAAACUUUACUUCAGCCUAUUUGUGUUCUCUAUUUUCCAAGCUAUGCAUCAAAUUUUUUGCACUGUUGAAGAAAAUCAGAAUUUUCUCGCCAAACCUUACACAAGAACUAUGGUUGAUUCACUCAUCCGAUUUUUUUUUUUUGAAGUUUAGGCCGAAUUCUCUGGUUAUUUCAUAUUGAUUCUGAACAAUCCUUAAUAUCCUGCUUUUCUCAGGCUUCACUGGUGAGAACUGUGAGAAGGAGCUGGACGAGUGUGCCGCGGCUCAUUGUCCGGCCAGUGCUACUUGUACGGAUCAAGUCGGCGGCUACGUCUGUGUCUGUCCCUUCAACUUGACUGGAACCAAUUGUGAUAAGGUUUCAAAAAGAUCCGAUUCUUGAGAAAACCGACAUUCACGCUCCAUGGACAGAAUAUUUGAAGAAUAUGAAAGCUGUUCAUAUACUGGGAAAAAUUUUAGUGGCCACUUUAGGGUUUUGACGUUUUAGUGGCCGCUAUAUUAGUCGAAUUUUUCAGUGGCAAAAAUUUAGUGGCCUCUUUAAGAGUCUAAGUGGUACAACUAUAACUACUAUAGUGACCACUAAGACGAAAAAUAGCCUCUUCUAAAAGGUGGUUUUAGUGGCCACUUCAGUGCCCUCUUCAAGUAACCCUUGGGGAACCUUUCAAGUGCCCACUAAAGUUUUUCGCAGUAUUUUGCAAUUUUAAAAAGCAAUCGUCAAUUAUUUUGCUGUUCUUUUUUAUAUGAAACAUAAAUUUUUCUGACAAAAAAACCUGUCGUGGAAAUUUUCUUCAAAAGUCUGUUUUCAAUCAUCAAGCUCUCUUUCCCUACAGCAAAUCAACGUCAACUACGAUCUCAACUUCUUCGACCCAGUCCGCCCUUCGUCCGCCUCCUACUAUGCUCCGUUGAGAAUUGAGUCCUCGGCGAUUUCCGUCGCCUUUUGGGUUCGAUUCGAUUCGCCGUUCUCUCAUGCCAAUUUUUUCACCCUUCAUCCUUUUGGGUUGGAAAAACAGUUGAAGAAAAUGAAAUGGAUGAAGUUUUAGCAACACUUCAACUUCAUUGCUCAAAUUGGCAUCGAAUGAAGUUAGAGUUUCGCUCUUUUCGGACAUCCCACCGGUCGAAAUCCCCUUGAGCUCCUCUCAGCACUUGAACGAUGGAAAGUGGAAUCAUUUGGUUGGUUUUGAAUUGAAAGAUUUAGUGCACUAGACGAAUUUUUGACAAAAUGGGUCUCAAAUCUGAGAAAAAUUUUCUGACAUCCAGUAAAAGAAAAAUUCCGAUAGCGAUCCAGUUUGAAAGCUUAACGGUUUUUUUUUCUGAAAAAGGUUUUGAAGUGACCUCUCGGACCACAGUAGCGCAAACCGGACGCGCUUCGGAGGUGUCUGAGCAUUUCUAGGGAUCACUUAAGAGUGUUGAAGUUAUUGAAGUGGUCACUAGAAAUGCCCCGAAACAGCUAGAUUGACUUUUUCAUAAAACUUUCAUUUUAAGUAGGAUAUUGGUUUUUUUUUUAGGUAUUUACCUGGGAGGCUCGAAACGGAAGUUAUUCUGUGAUUUGGAACUCUUUGCGGAUUUACACUGGCAGUGGUUAUGCUGUUGGACGAACUCUGGACACGAAGUAAAGUUAAAACAGAAAAAUCGGAUUUGAUCUAGUGGUGUUCUAUAGUUCGAAAACUGUUAAACAUUAUUCGAAAAACCUGAAAACUUUGAGAAGGGAAAAAAACUGAAAGCUCAUCACUCUAUCAUGUUUUUAGUCAAUCUGGUCUGACUAAUCUUUUUUUUUGAAGGAAAAUCUCAAUUAAUAAACAGAAAAACUCAACAAAAAGCGUAUUGAUUUUAGAGCCGGAAUUACUCUUGGCGCUCUUUCUGUGCCGGCUUUCGUCGGCUCCAUCACUCGGGUCAACGUUUGGAAUCGCGUCUUGGACUUCGAGGACGAGAUCCCCUUGAUGGUCCUUCAUUGUCAGAGGGCUGAGGUAAGGAUUUCUUUUUUUUUCGAGGGACUAUGUUCACUCAAUUGAACAAAAACUGGACUGUCACGAAAUUGAGGGUUCAAGAAAUUUGCAGAAAAAAAGCGGUUAGUUUUAACUGGAGAGAAUAUUUCACUCGAAGAGUUAACGUGUUUUUGCUCUUUUUGGUUGGAUUUUGGAAAGAUUACCAGUUUGACUUGCCCCGUUUGAACCAGUUGAAAUGAGUCGAUUUAUUGAAAGUUUCUAUAUUGAGCCCAUUUUAUUGAAACUUUCUUAACAUGAAGGAAGAAAUUACAAAGUUCUUAAAAAGAAUAAUUGAAGCACUCAAAAAUUGAAAACAAAAAAGAUUUAUAAAUGUUUCGAAAUUCUUACUUGCUUUGGUCUUGAAAAGUCAUCCGAAAAUUUCAAAUUCGCUUAUUUUCAACAAGAAAAUAUCUUGUUUCGAAUUGCUGGAUUGCUUAUUUGAGAAAGUUUUCAGGAAAUCUUCAAAGGACUUCUUGUUCGCUUCGAAGGCUACACGAAUAUUAUUGGGAAGGUCGAACGGACCCUGAGAAGUUCUUGCAGUGUUGAUCAACUCAAGUACUCGCCGAUCCAUCAUUCCGAUGUCAUACGCGUUGAGGUUUGACAACAGAAAUUUGGACUUGUUUAACAGACUUUUUUUUUAACUUUUCGAGUAAAGAGGGCUAAAAAUGAUAGAAAAGUUAUUUUUCGAAAAAAAAUUUAUUGAGAAAUAUAGCACUGGGUGGCUUGAAAAAAUUGAAAAAACAUAUCCAAAAGAGUAGAAUAAGGUUAGACAACGGCGUUUUCAACUAGAAAAAAAAAUGAACCUGAAAAUAUGCUGUUUUCGAUACUAUUUUUUAAAAGUCGUUUUCUACUGAGAGAUUUUUGAGUUUUUCAAAUUUAUUCUAUAGUUCAAAGGUUAAAAUUCAAUGGCUUUUUAUAUUGUACGAAGUUCUUUUUAAUACUAAACUUAAUUUUUAAAUUCAAGGACUGCCCAGCUGAAAUCAUGAUGACCUCUCAUCAACGAGAAACCAACAUCUCAUGGCAAGAACCGACUUUUGUAGGCCUCAACCCGAUCGUCCGAGUUGAGAAGAACUUGAAGCAGGGACAGGUUUGUGACUUACCUCAAAAUUAAUAUUGGAAGCUUUUUUUUUCCAAGACUACAUUGAUUAAAAUAUUCACGUUUUCAAAUUCAGCCAUUCCAUCUCUAAUUUCAUAAGGUAUUUUUCAGCUAUUCACCUGGGGAGAAUACGACAUCCUCUACGUCGCCACGGACAACGCCACCAACCAGGCUCAGUGCAACUUCAAGGUAUACUUUUUGGGUCGCACUUGGAAUGGCUUAAAGCGGUGCGGUCGGCGUUGCCUUUGGAAGCCGACCGGACGUUCAGUGCUCUGUUGAAUUUCUGACGCGCAAGUCUUUCCGAAGUGUGCUGAGGCAUUCUACGUGCGAAAAUGUGUUUCAAUUCCAAUGCAAACCGACAAUAGAAAACUAUGAAAUUUUCGUAAAAGUCGACAUUACUUUCUUGCAGCUCCGUGUCACCAAGGUCCAUUGUGCAGAUAUUUCCGAACCUAUCAAUGGAUUGCAGUCUUGUGAGAACUGGGGUCCUCAGUUAAAGUAUAAGGUUGGUUUUUGAUUAAAAAAAAAAAGAGUUUUAAAUAGACCAUUUGAGCCCGUUCUCAAGAGUUAGGAACUUUUCAAAUUGAAAUAUUUCAAUACCUUCAUCUGGCUCAUAGAGAAGGCUGGUUUUCAAGAGCUACCCGAACAGAAAGCAAAAUUUCUAGUAUUUUUGUUAAAUCAUGAAUUGAGUUGCCAACAGCCCAUUGGUAGUUUCCCCCGUUCAUCUAACCUUUUGGCGGGCUUUUUCUCCCAGAUUCAUCAGUUCAUUUAUACCUUGGAAAAAAGUUUCCCUCCUUUGAAGGCUUGUUCCAUCGAAUGCCGAGACGGAUUUGAGUUCCCGCGCUCACCGGCCAUCUUCUACGUCUGUGGUGCCGACGGAGAGUGGCGGCCAAGAGAGCAACAGAAAAACGCCGUUUUCCGAUAUCCUCAAUGCACCAAGUUUGUUGGAAAUUCAAUAGUUCAGUCGUUGAACAAUGAUUUGAGGCAUGUACCUGCCACUCGUCUGGUGAAGGUAAGAGUCGCCUACUCGGCAUCGACGGCUUGCACGGAGGCCAGCAAACAGGCCUUCUUGUCGAAAAUCCUACAGGCAGUUAAUGCCAUGGACAAGAAGUGGAAAAUGUGCAGCUUGACGUGAGUUUUUCAGCUAGAAGUUGCGUUGCAAAGAAAUCUGAAGGGACUUCAAAAUAAAGUCUUGCUUAAGAAAAGAAAAUUGAAAUAGAACUUUUUCAAAUGACAGAGAAAAAAAAAAUUUUCACUACAGAGAUACGACGGGCUGCAUCGGCACGCAAGCCCGAGUCCACUGCGACAACGACGAAGAAGUUGAAGAAGCGAUGCGACUUCGGCGAGAACUUCCCGCCUCGUCGUUCCGUGUCGAAAUCGAAGUCCCCGUCAAGAGGUACUCCACCAGAAGACCACACAGAACCCUUUCCUUCCCUUCAGAACAAUCCUGACGGAUCCGAGCAGCGGCGCCAACACGACCGUCCACGACGCCAUCCAAUCGGAAAUCCUCUCCCACGCCGUUCUCAACUUUGAGAAAGUUCUGCCCAACGGACGUCCUGACCUCGGCACCUUGCAAAUCGACGACGAGUACCACUGCCAAGCCGGCCAAGUCGUCGUUGGCGAUCUUUGUGGUUGGAGCAGCCCCGUCUUCAGAGCCAGACUAAUUUGUUCGCAAUUUAGUGCCGUGCGCCCCGGGAACCUUCCAUUCGUCGCUGACGACCAAGUGUGAACUUUGUCCGAUCGGCGAGUACCAGCCACUCACCGCCAGAGCCGAGUGCUUCAAAUGCCCUGCUGGACAGAUCACUGCCAGUGAAGGAGCGACGUCGGAAAACGAGUGCAAAGGUUGGUUUUGCCUCAACUUAGGAAAUCCAGAGUGGUCUCUAUAGGGAUCAAAAGCGGAAAAAGUGAUCUCUCUAGUAGUAAAAUGUGCUCCCUAUAGAGGUUCAGGGCUUGAGCAUUCAGCCCCUUAAGAUCAAGAGGUAGCUCUAGGCGUAAAAUUUAGGUCGUUCCUAUAAAAGCUCAGGGUCUGAGCAUUCAGCCAUUUAAGAUCAAGUGGUCCUUAUGGGGGUAAAAUUUAGUUGGUCCCUAUAGAGGUUUAGGGUCUGACCCCUUAGCCUCCAGAGUCGAUUGUCGAUCAUUUUUGCAAGCUUUAGUAGCCCUAUAGGGGGGUUUUUAAAGUGGUUCCUAGAGGAAACCUUCCAAAGGCCCCUACGGUUGCUCCAAUAGGGACUACUAUGGAGUUCCAAGAAUUUUUGAAGAAAAAAGCACUUUCUUUUAUUUUUCAGCCAACUGCCCGCCUGGACACCAAUUCGACGCAGCUACUUCUGGCUGCGUCGCUUGCGGUUUUGGUUAUUUCCAGCCCGUCGGCGGCUCUUUCGCCUGUCUCCCGUGUGGAAUAGGUAAAACAACCCUGACAGAUCGUGCUACCAGUGAGGAGGAAUGUCGUGAUGAGUGUCCUGGUAAGGAAUCCCGUUGAAAAGAGCAAAUAUCAUUCAUUGUUUUCUCAAAGAUGGGGAACAACUCUCGCCGGCCGGCGUUUGCCAACCCUGCGACGUUGGAACCUACCGGUCGCGUGGCGAACACAAGAAAUGCAUCUCUUGUCCGCCAGGUUAAAAACGAAUAAAUUUGAAAAAAAAACGGAAGAAGUUCAGGAACAACAACAGAAGCGACUUCUUCGACUCGCCGUGAACAGUGUAAUACACCAAGGUGCAAGACUGGCCAGUUUUUGGUCAAGGAAACGUGAGUUCUCAUCUGUUGAAGAUCAAAAAUUGGGCGUUUCAGGAAGCAUUGCCAGUUCUGUCCGCGUGGAACCUUCCAGAACGAGGAACAAGAAACGACGUGUAAACUUUGCCCAGCGGAUCAUACUACAGCGGCUCAAGGUUCAGAACUUGGUUUUUGGAUAGUUCUAAAAUGGAGUGAGAGAACAUGAACAGAACAGAACAACAAGCGUUCAUUUGAAGAGGCGCAGAGAAGUAUGAACUGCUCCUCUGACGUCUCUCUUGGCCACCGUUGAUCUCUAACUACCGUCUAACUGCUCGGACAGCGGUAACGCGAAACGGACGUGUCAAGACGUUUCUAGUGACCACUUAAGUAGCGUCCGCCCUUUUAAAUGAUCCCUAGAAUUGCUCAGAAACGUCCCGUUUUCGUUACCGAGGUCCGAGUAGAGAGUCUUAUCGUAUACUCCGUUCUUCACGACUUGAAACUGCUGUAUUUCUCUGCGCCCUCCUCGUCUCUCGGCGGCCCUCUCACGUUGACGUGAUAUUUCUAUGUUUCUCUGACCUCGCCGGUGAGGGAACAGAGAGACGCAGACAAAAAUCUUUUAACUCUCGGUGAACGGGCUAUUCGAGAAAAGAAACGUCACUCAGAUUUUAUAUCGAUUGUCUAAACUUCCAGGAGCAACCGCCGAAUCCCAAUGUUACUCGACGAAUCAGUGCCAAACUGGCGAAUACAAUUGUUCCUGGCAUGCGAAUUGCAUCGAUUUACCCGAUGACAACGAUGUUCCAAGUUACGAGUGCCGAUGCAAGACUGGCUACCGUGGCAACGGAACUCAUUGUACAGGUCUUGAAAGACAGGCAUUUGAGAAGGAUAGCUUGGAUUUCUUCAGACGCUUGCAACGAUUACUGUUUGAACGACGGCGUUUGCAAAAAGAACGCUCUGGGCAGCGUCGAAUGCGUCUGCAAAGAGUACUUCAGUGGUGAUCGGUUUGAAAUCAUCCAGAAUUACCACAAAGAAAUGAAAAAAUUUCAGCUGCGAACUGCGACAACAGCAAAAGAUGCAGAAAAUGACGAUGCUCGGCGUGGCGAUCGGUGCCCUCGUCACCGUGGCGAUCCUCGUCGCCAUCAUCAUCUUCAUGAUCUACACCAGAUUCACCCAAGUUCAUGACGUUGAUGAGAAGUCGUCGCAACUCCAUGACAUGACCCCGUCCACCUUCUUGUAUGGAAGUCCCACCAUUCGUGAGUUUAUUCGAAGAUUCCCGAAGUUUUUAAGAAGCCUUACAAUGAUCCUAGGACAAAGUAGCCUCUCAAGGAAAUUCUGAAUAAACGAGCCUCCCAUUGAAUUUUUAGAACUUGCAGAAGGAAAAAGAGUUAUAGUCUGUUCAGAUUUUGAAUGCUCAAGCUCCGCCCCCUAAUGGUGCGAUAAACCAAUCAGAGAGCGAGCCAUCCACAGAGUGUUUUUGAAUGACGUCAUUCUACUUGACAUUCAAAAUCUGAACAGACUAUAAGUGUGAGAUAGAUUCACUGAGUGAAUUGUUUUUUUUUUUUUGUUCAGUGGCUAUUUCAGGGUUUCGAAGUUUAAGUGGGCACUAUAGUGUAAGAAUUAGUGGCCUAUUGAGAGGCUAAAAUUUAGUGACCUCCUUAUAAGUGUAAUUAGUACUACAGUAAAACUACUAUAGUAGUCACUAAGACGCAAAUUAGCGGCUUCAAUAGUGGUGGUUUUAGUGGCCACUUUAGUGUCCUCCAUAUGUUGCCCUCGAGGAUUAAGUGGUCACCAGAGUUUUUCCAAGUCGUUCUAAAGCAUAGCGUGGAGAGUCGUCAAGUGAAGUAUACCCUACUCACAAACAGAAACUACUACAAGAAAGUCUACUUUUUUUUCGCGCACUUUUUCGCGUAAAUUUGUCAGGUGCUAGCUGUGAAUGGACUUGAAAUGCACCUCUUUUCAAAUGUUCAGAGAAAAGUCAUGUUUUUAGGCGAGCCUUCACGGCCCGUCGACGGCCCAUUCUACUACGAAGACGACUGUGGCUACGAGGGUGGCAAAAACGGAUCGGCGACGGUCAGAUCGCGACUUCCCACCUCAGGAAGUAUGCAUUCUACGACGGCGCCCAUGAAUUUGAUGGAAGAGUCCCGAAUGGAACAACGUCUCCGAGCCGUUCAGCAGCACAUGUACCAUCCUAAUUCCAAUAACGAAUGA